UUCACGGGGUAGGUGGGUCGUCAGGCAGCCUGGCCGCGCCGCGCCAUUGGCGGAGGAGUCCAGUGCAUUGUGACGUGCGGCGCCAGACGAUUCCCCCCGCCGCGCCGCACGAUUCCCGGAUCCGCGCGUUCGAAACGGACACGAGCCGGAGGAAGCAGCGAGGCCGACGGGGAGCGGGAGCCGCAGCACCGCCGCUGGGGAAAAGACUUAAUCCUGUGUAGUUUCAAGUUCCUGCCAAAAUAGAUGUGAUAUUACAGUGAACCUUUUAGACUGGAGUUCUGGUUAUAAUAAAGCAAUUCCACGACUGGCUGAGAAAAUUCUUGCUUUGUCACAAGGAAGAGCGAGUUGGGGAAAAUCUGAGGUGUCACCAAGUGGAUCAUACACCAGAAUAGAACAACAAAUCGUCAAGUUUCAUAAGGAACAGGCGUUUUAUUUUUUCAGUGCAAUUAAUCCUGGUCAUUUUUCAAAGAAAAAAUGAUGCAUGGUAUCUUGGGUUUAGAGAAAACAAAAUCAAUGCAGGAUAAUUCUGUUCAAGCACCAACUCAUUCAAGUUCUGUUUCUUCUGACUCCAGUGAAGCUGAAAACCACUUGUAUGAAAAUCCUGAGGAAAUUAAAACUCCUAAAGUUCCACAAACCCAUUGCAAGAGAUGGGUGGCAGAUAGAAACAGAACACAAAAGGAAAGUCAUGUUAGACCCAACCUGUGCUCUGCUGAUAAACCCUCAUUAAGAAAGAAUACAAGCAGAGUCACCGGGUUGAAUAAACAACGACAUAAUAAAAGGUGGAAAAAGUCUUCAAAGGUUGGAGGUAGAAAAAAUGCAGAUUUGAACACAACAUCUGAGACAAAGUUUAAGGAUUGUGGGCAGGAGUUCAAAGAAGAACCGCAGUGGUAUACAGAGCCACUUUCAGACAAUGUAACCUCUAAUAAUUUAAAAAGUAAAUUAGAAACUGCUUACAAGAGUAGUUUCCCUUCAUUUGAUGCUGAGCUAUUAGAAAAGUUGCCAGCAUCCAUUAGAGAUCUGUGUAUUGAUGAUGGUUGUUCUAAAGAUUAUCUUUGGACGGGUGCAUUUGUUGAUGGCCACUUUGUUGAUAUCCCAACAUUACUUGAUAAAACAGAGCUCAGUGAGAUUUUAGAUUGUUCUAAAACAAACUCUGAUUCUUUGGAUAAUCUUCAAAAAUCAGUGGACCUCUUCUGUGAAGAAGAUACUAAUCAAUCUUUGAUGGAUUCUUGUGGCUUUGACUUCAAACAAGGCAAUGAAAUCCUUAACAUUGGAAGAAAAAAUGAAGAUCGAAUGCAGUUUGAAGGGGAACAUAAUGUAAUACUAGAUGGAUUACCUUUGAAUAUCUGGGAGGAUAGCUCAACAAUAGGUGGAGUGGAAAGAAGUUCUCCAAUGGCAAUAUCCUGUACAAAUCAGCUUGGCUCUGAUCAAGUUAAUUUGUGGUUGUCAUCCACUACUGGUUCGUCUUUAAUUAAUAAGACAGGAAUUGAACCAUAUUGCAAAGAAUCUACUCCUUUAUCAGAUAAAGAUGAUGGCUGGCCUGAUUGCUCAGAAGCCAGUGAAAAAGAAACAUAUUUUUCCAUUAUUACAAAUAAGAAUGAUGCUGUAUUUUCUUGUGAAAGUAAUCCACAAAGUGAGAGUCCUUCAUCACAAGAGACUCAAACUUCAGAGUUAAGUGCCACCAAAGAUAAGGACUCCGUUCAAAAUGAAUCCAGUUUUUCAAACAUUUACAGAGAAGACUGUGGUUCUUGGUCAGUUUUGUGUAAAUCUGGUAAUAGAAUGUCCCCUUUCACUUUAAGAAGUAUUGAUUCAGUAACAUUUCCCAUUGAGCUAAAUGUAAAUAUGACGACUGGCAUCCCAACUGCUUGCUCAGAGGAUGACCUCCUUAGUUUGCUACCUGGCAGUGAGUAUCUACAGUUAGACGACAGCUUUUUGAUUGAACUUCCAGUCAUGACUUCGAAAGAAAAAUUGGACAUAACAAAAUAUAAUGCUCAAGCAGACAAGAUUGAAACAGGAAAAUGGAGUCCAAUUUUUGGAAUUUGUCAAGAGAACCUUUCUGAAAAGAAGGAUAAUUUAAAUUCCAGAGUAAUUGAAGAGAUAUGGAAAGCUACACCAGAGGAAGAUAAAGCAGCAUUUUCAGAAGAUGGGAUAAAUACUGAAAAAUGUCAUAGUUGUUCCUUAGGAACAGAGACACCUAUGAAACACGUGAAUAUUACAAAACUUAAGAAAUGCCCUCUCCAAAAAUCAGAAAGUAAUUUCUGGGAGGAUAAACUAGGAAACACCCAAAUUUUGGAUUCUACAAAUGUUGACAUCACAAGUCACUGCAGUGAGUGGCAAACUGGUUCAGAUCAAACUGAUGUUUCAGUUACAGGGGGCAUUGAACAUUUAAUGAGUAACACAAAACAGAGUGAAUUUUCACCUUCUGAGAACACCUUUCCGAAACCUACAACCACUCCUAGUACAUUGCAGCCCACCAGCUUUACUGCAGAUCAAAAGUCCUUGAUAAAUUGUGAUCUGCAACAAAAUGGUAAUGAAGAAUCUAUAGAGCAAAACAUAAUUAAUGACAUUUCUAUAGUCCUACCUGAAGAUUUGUGGGGAAAUUUAAAUGAUUAUCUAAAUGACUCCACAGAGCCGAGCGAGAGUUCCUUCCUCCCCUUUGAACUCAGUUGUCCUGUUCCAGAAAUGCUUAGUCUGACCAGUACAUUGGAAAUUGACAGUGACAAGAUGAACCAACAACCCAGCACUAUACCCCAAGUCAGUUCAGAUUUAAUAAUAACCAACAAUGACAAAUUACAAAAUCUAAUACAUCAAGACCACAUGAGCAUAGCAGCUCAGACCCUUUAUCCCACCUCAAAACAAUUAUUUACAAAAGAAGUGGUUCUUACACGAUUGCAGGACAAUCCUGUUCAAAACACAGAAUGCAAUGUUUCCCAGCAUCAGUAUGAAUCCAAUAUGAUGUGUGAUCAUUCCAUUUCUGUGCUAAGUAAAGAGAAAUCCGAAUGCAGCAGCAUUUCCAAGCAAGACGUGCUGAUUCAUCAAGUGGAAUUUGAAAUGAAAUCCAAUAAAGAGACUGAUCUGGAUAAAAGCAGUUUAAUAUCAGUGGAUGCUGAUGAAGAUAAACUGAAUUUUCUCCAGGGAAGAUUACAAGAAAUACAUCCAGAACAUGGUGAUUCUAAGAUGCCUCAGCAAACUGCAAAUCUUAAUGUUUGUGCUUCCAACACAAAAAUAAAAGUGGAAGAUGAUCUACAGCAUUUACAAAAAAGCAAAGAUGAGCUUGAACUGUGUAAGGAAAGUUGCUUUUUUUCAUGCAGUCACUUAGAGGCUUCCCUACCCGAAUCAGAAAGAUGCCAGGAAUGUCUCAGAGAAACCUGUUGUUCACUUGACUGCCACCUUUCCACAAAAAAUACAGAUUGCUGCAGAAAUUCCAGUAUUACUACAACCUCCAAAGAUGCCAAGUCCUCUCUACAUGAAGAACAAAUGCUUACAAGGUGUAAUGAAACAGAUGUUAGCCCAGAGGAUCCGAAAACAGAUCAAAAGCUCUGCAGAAGUGUGAAGGAUUGUAAAACAUAGGGCUACAUUAGAAGAAACUGGUUGUUUAAAUUAUAAUUUGGUUUAACUUUUUCCCCACCAGAAAGAACAGCUUCCAUUAAAGGGAUUGCCUAUUCAGGUCAAAGAAACUCCUUGUAUUGUUCAGGGUUACUAUGGUUUCUUAGAGAAUCUGUAAAUGAUGCAGUUCUAAAUAGUGUGAUACCUAUCACUGAAUGGGAAAAAAAAGACAGUUCACUUUGCUGCAUACAGUAUUUGUGGUCGUCUGGUCGGUCCAGACCGGUUUAUCCAUUCAAAAAGGUUUCUCACAUUUAAAGUAGAGUAUGUACUACAAGUUAUAAAAUCUGUGUCAACUUAUAAAAUUUCUUAAGGAGAUGAGGUUCUGGCAAAAUAUGAUUUUAUUUAUUAGUGCCAGCAAAAGACUUAAAAGUUUAAAUUGCCUGGUACAAUUAGUUAUAUUUAUGAGAAAUAGAUUGAUUGGGCUUCACGGUAAGGGUGUUUGUAAUAAUUCUGCAGUCCAAGAACUACAUUAAUUAAUUAUCAGAUAUAUUUUCACUGAACAGCUGCACCACAGGAUGCUUCAAAUAUAUUUAAAAAAACGUGCAGAAUGUCUCACAAUUCUUUGUGCAUUACAGCUGUUCUCAGUUAUAUAAAAGACAUCCUGUAAUUAUUCUAGCUUGUUGAGAUUAUGAUUUAUAAAUAUUUCACACUUGUGCAAAAACUUGCUGCAGCGUCAUGUAUUUAAUCCAUUUAUACUUCUAAAAGUACUAAAUAAAAAGUGAAUUAAUAAAAAGCUAUUUUAAUCCUUUAGUCAUUUGCUGGUUCUAAAAUGUAAAACCCAAAAAUAUUUACUUUGUAUUAGUAUUUUUAGUUGUGUUAUGUCAUUUGUCAUUUUCAUCUAGGUUAUAUUUGAGUAAUAUAUUUUUAUACUGUAUUCAGUAGCUGACUAGUACAUGGAUAAAUAUACUUUAUAAUGUAGUAUCUCAUAUGUUAAGUUUUAUUGUAGCUAUGCUUAAUGAAGCCAUGAACCUAAAUUAAAUUGGACUUGGAAGUUUCACAGCAUCCUAUCCUUGUAAUGCACUGGCAUUAAAUGUUUGAGAAGAAUUGACAAUUGCAUAAGUGGGGUACCUGAAACCCAUGCCCAUUAUACAUAAUGUGGCUACUUUGCCAAAUAAUGAGUUGCCAAUAAAGUUUGUAGCAAAAUGUUAAACUGCUUAAAUUAUUUGGCAUGUAUAACUCGUAUAUAGCUUCCUACUUAAGUACUUGGGUUAUUAUAAUUUGUUAACCUGACAUAGUAUGUGAUUGUCCUGAAACAAGUGCCCAUACUUAUUUCUUAAUAUCCUUUUAAUGGUGCUUAUUUGUCUUCCAGCAAGGAAGAAAAUGUAGGCUUAUAGCUUCAUACCUAAGGACCAUUUUCAUGCGCAUAUAAACUAGUAAUUCUGUAUGGUUCAAGUUGUAAAAGUUUUCUUUUUCAUUGAACCAUAUUCAGUGACAAUUUCUUAGUGCCUUUUUAUUUUUUUAAAUUUUUCGUAAAUACUUUAUACAAAUAAAUGCAUGUUAUUUGCUGUUGUGGGAAACAAUGUGGGGGGUGGGGGAGGGGAUUGGCUUCCCCUGACUCAUGCUGGUGAUUCACACUUCAUACACUUCCUCAAGACCCGACAACCUUCUCUCACUUCACACUUUUUCAUGAAGAGCUUUACCAGUCUUGAUGAUGUCAUUGGGCUUUUUGACCUUAGAGGACUUUGCAGUUGAAUCCAUUGGUGCCCUAACCUAACAUGCACACACAUGCACUUUCCAGUCUCAGUCAGUAAGAUUACCUAUUUUCCCUCCCUCUCACUUCCAAGAUCUGAGGUGCUGAGUCCAAUUGGAGCAUUUAUACUAUACCACCUCACAGAGGUCAGAUAGUUCAGCACAAUGCCAGGCUUGAACAGAGAGCCUGUCUGGAUAGGGUAAAUUUCUAUUAAACAGUAUCAGUUUUACUGUAAUUGCCAGCUGUUAUUUAUUUACACAUUGGGGCUGUGCUAAGAUUAAGUGGUAGUGAAGUUUUCAGAUGUUUUCAAAGAUAAAAAGUAGUUAACAAUGUACUUGAGUACUUUAUAAAAUGACAUGGUGAAAGUUGACUGAUUUGCAUUUCUAUUUAUAUUAGGUUUCAUCACUGACCAAUUUUCUGAUUAAAUUGAUUAAAGACAUCUGGAUGCAAGUUUUCUUUAAAGAUCUCCAAGUGAAAUCUUAAUAGACCUUGCAUUUUAUCUGAAGGAAAAUCAAGAAAUCUGCAUUUACUAAUUCUGCAUAAGUGUGAUAUUGGCAGAACUGUAACUAAAGGUUGUAGAUAGAUGCUGGUAAAUAAUGGCAGAAUGUUUUUGAACACACAUAGAGCUGAUCUUGCAUUUUCUUAGCUAAGCAAAGCAGCAUAAGUAUAUAGUAACAGUCUUCAUAAAGCAAGUUACUUAUAAACAUCGUACAGAAAAUUCCUUUAACUUCUAGCUGCUUUUGAAUGCUCUGACUAAGGAACUUGUUUGCCAAAAGUUAUUUUCUGAAUUUAGUUUUGUAAUUUAGGGCCACAGAAUAUAGUCAAAACCUGCAUCAUCCAUUAUAGUAAUAGUUAUUAUGCACAUACAAUAUCUGUGUUUGAUUUUAUAUCUUCAGAGGAUGUGCUGAUUGUAUUCUGUGGAAUUUUGAUUAAAUGCAUUUUUACUGGAUACUGUUUCAUUGUCAAACAUUUUGCAUAACAAAAUAAAAUCAGUGUUAACUAA